AUGUCUUUCAGACAACGCAACAACUCCCAAAAUUCCCAAGUUUGGCCUUAUAAACGAUCCCUUGCUCAGCAACAGACAGAGGAAGAGCGAAUAGAACUCUACCGUCCCCAGCCAAAGCAAAUUCAGAGCCUCUAUCCGCGCCACCCUGCAAUUUUUGAGCACGAAACAAUAGAGGGCCAGGCCACAGAUACACUUUCUUAUCUUAGGGAAGUGGUAGCCACAUGGGAAAGCGACUGCGCCUUCUGCCACGUUCUUGGGCUACGCCCAGCUCAGCAAAGACACCAACUUCGCAAAUGCUCUGAACGAGGCGCUUGUCAAGUUCGAGAACAGAUCCAAGAAAUUAUGGGAAGCUUCAACACUAGAGUUUCACCGAACUCAUGUGGGGAUUGUUUGCUCCCGAAAGCCAUCUGUCGUCGGUACCGUGCGAGCAGGAAUGGGUGGGAAGAGAGUGGAAUGUCCUCUUGUCAGCUUCCAAUAGCUGUGCUUCCUGUCGGCCUUGCUGUUCUGAUGUCUAUCAACCCAACUGCAAAGAUUCUGCUCAAAAUGGUGGUACUCCCUGAAAUGCAAGAGGCCGGUGUGGAUAUUGAGAGAAAAGACCAGGUUCUUGGAUGGAUGUUGCAAGAGAGACAAUGGGGAGGUAUUAAGAGUACCAAUGUUACGUGGAUAUUCCAUCGGUUCCAUAUGUAUCAAAAUGAAUCCGAGGCGAAAGAAAAAGAAGGGCAAGGAGAAAGUGAAGAGGAAGAGGAGCUAGAGGAUUAUAGGGAGAGAGGAUCCUAUAAAAGACGCAGAACUCAUGUUAAUUCUCGAGGAGUGGGACCUGAUGUGCGUGACUGGGACAAAUUUUCGGUUGAUGAUAUACUCUACUGUCAAUUCCAUUGUCCAGGAUGUCCAAUUGGAGAACAUGAUUGA